AUGCAUUAUAUGCAUAUUUCCGCCUUGGUGGUGGCCUACAUCACCACCACCAUCGCCAUUUCUCUCGAUGUCAACAACACGGAAUCCAUCAAAAACGCCGCCAAGAUCGUUGCUGGCCGCAUGACUUCCUACUACAUUGGCCACGAACAAGGUGGCUCUCCGGGAGUCCUUCCAGACCCAUACUACUGGUGGGAAGCCGGCGGCAUGUUUGGCAGCCUCAUCGACUACUGGCACUUCACCGGAGACUCUCAAUACAACACCAUCACUUCCGAGGCCAUGCUUCACCAGGCAUCCGACGGAUACAAUUACAUGCCUCCGAACCAGACAAAGGAUGAAGGAAACGACGAUCAAGCAUUCUGGGCUUUUACGGUCAUGAGCGCUGCCGAAUACGCAUUUCCCGAGCCUCCCAGCGGCAAUCCUUCCUGGAUCGCAAUGGCACAGGCGGUGUGGAAUACUCAAGUCACCAGGUGGGAUACGCUGACAUGCGGUGGCGGGCUUCGAUGGCAGAUUCUGAYCCUCAAUCCCGGCUACACCUACAAGAACACUCCAUCAAACGCGGGCUUCAUGAACCUGGGAGCGCGGCUGUAUGCCUACACCGGCAAUGAGACUUACCGCGACUAUGCUAUCCAAUCCUGGGAUUGGAUGGAAAGCAUCGGCCUGAUAUCGCCUGACUACCUUGUCUUUGAUGGUAGCGACGCCAACCUGAACUGUACAGAACUCGACCACACACGCUGGAGCUACAAUGCCGGCCUCGUUCUUCACACUGCUGCAGUCAUGUGGAACGAGACUGAGGAUGCUACUUGGAAGCACCGCGUUGAUGGAGUCUGGAAUGCAUCAGCAGCCGCGUUUUUCGACAAGAACCUGACAAUGUACGAGUCUGCAUGCGAGCCUAUCGGCCAGGAUGGAAAUUGUAAUCUGGACCAGCAAAGCUUCAAGGCCUAUUACUCUCGCUUCAUCGCCGCUGCCGUCAAGAACGCGCCCUGGCUAGACGCCAUCACCAAACCCUACCUUGCAGCCUCGGCAAUAGCAGCCGCAGCUUCCUGCAUCGGCGGACCCACUGCAUCAGACUGCGGCUUGAAAUGGACAACAAACGGCACCUAUGACGGCCUCACCGGCGUAGGACAACAAAUGUCCGCUCUCGAAAUCUUCAUCUCCAAUCUCGUCGAGCACGUCAAACCACCCGUCAAUCAACAUCACGGUGGCAUGGGUACCCCAGACGCAAGUCUAGGAACUGGAACGGAUAAACCUACCAAACCCUUGUCUUAUAUCAGCAAGAAGGAGAAGACUGGUGCCAUUUGUUUGACUGUGGCGAUGAUUUUUGGAAUGUUGGGUGGUGGAUGGUGGAUGGCUACGGGGUUGUGA